GGAACAUUACCUAUCCUAAGUAAGGUAAGGCACCAUGCUUUGUUCACCUGAAGUAAGCAGAAGAAAAAAUGAUGCAGAGCGUUCGCAGAGGAUCGAACCGAGCAGGACUCUCGCGCAGCUUUCCUUUUAGCAUCGGUGGAAGCCAGUCUCUUCUCGCUGCACACGGUAAUUCGCCACUUCUGCGUCUCGCAAGUCGUGACACGAAUGUUAAUCAGCGAGGGUUCUUCCUUUUGGGGCACGCCGGGUUUUCGACCUCUGCUGCUGACGUUUAUUCUGCAACGGGCGACUCGAUACGUCACUACGAUACCUCGUCCGGGCUGCAACUGAACCCGAAUUAUCGACGUCCGAGUCAGGCAGGUGCGGUGGCUUGGUUUUUGCAGAUUGCUUCUGAGGUCGCGCCUGAGUUUGAAUUCUAUGUGCUUCCAAAACACUCGCGAUAUCCGCUUCUCGUCAGGCAGAGGAUUCCAGCCUUUCGACCACCGUUCGAAGGCCUCUGGAGUCUGCUCCAGAUACGCUCAACUCGAAGGCUUUCGGAGUAUGUCUGUAAGGACGGACGGGUGAGCUCGCUGUGGUACACGACACGAAAUAUUCAGUAUCGUUUAGCUCCUGAGGUGCCGAACCUGGUGAUGUCGAGUGGAACAUCGUCUUGCUUCGUCUUUUCGGGUGAAGAUCUCAAGGCUUCACUGUACUCGAAGCCUGGCAGUAGUAAUGAGAUCGACCUGGUUCGAAGUCCGCACUUGCUUGGUACCUGGCUGCGCAGUGUCUAUUUGGACCGGCCGGUUGACACCAUCUCCGCUAGCCUGGAGGACUUGACUCUCCGUGCGACGACGACAUCAGCAAGCGUAACGCAGCGUUGGCUGCUGGUCCAGAUGAUGCGACUACCGGUGUUGCAGAAUCUGACAUUUCCUGCGGAAAUCGGGUGCGGCGUAACGACAUAUAACGCAACACUGUGUGGCCGGCGCAUGCUGUUUCGUGUGCCGGAGAACUCUUCUAGUCGUGUAUCAAUCGAUGACCCGAAAGUUCGCUUGCGAUACGAGUUUGGUGGGCGCCGGGGGUGCCGGCCGCUGAGCACUGAUGACGAUGUCGACUACAUGAUUCUUUUGGUUUGUAGCAGAUCUGAAAGCACCAAGCUGACGGGGGUAGGCAUUCUUCCGUAUGCUCUCCUAGAUCGCAAUCAUUUGCUUUGCAGCGACACUAACACUGUUACAAAGCGCAAACCUGUACUGGUUGUCGAUGGCCAGCACAAUAUCUCUGGCGAUUUCAAAGGCUUUGACCAAUAUUUCUAUUUCUUUUCUGAAAUCGAUUCCGUGGUCAAGGAUGAGAAGCAUAAGAGCAGCUUUGUUAGAUAUGUAAAGAAAAUUUUCUCAGUUUGGGACGACGGGGUACAGUCAAAGACUCACGUCACAACUCUUUGAAAAAUACGUGAAUUGUCGCAUUUGCCAUGCCGACUCCGAAACGUCCCACGCAUAACAUCCGCCUCACAAGAAACACAUCCUAGUGCCGACAUCGCCUUCCGCGUAGCACGUCUUCGUACUUUCGGCGUCCACGCAGUCGCUACUGGCAUUCUAGCCGGCAGACUCCAUUACCUAUGGCACGAACGGCGACGACAGCUCGAGGAGUCGGCGCUAGACCGAUUGAAGAGUGACAAGUCCUUGAUGAACUGCGAAGAUGUUGCACCGGUUUUGCCAGGAAUGAAACCGAUUCCGGUAGAGAAGGUGGGCAACACGGAAGAAGAAAUCUUGUCAGAGAAGGCGAGGUUGUUGAGGACAUUGGAACAAAAGGAUCUGCGGAAGAGGGGUCUUGGGGCUGGGUUGAUGAAUCGUCUCACAAAUAAGACGACCUCUAAUAAAUACUAAUCAUGAUGAAGGUUCGGUUGAAAGUGAAUCAUAUACAUUUUUAUCGACAGAGAUUCCAACUAAGGACUCAUCUUGGUUGUCCCGCAAAUUUCAGACUGGGUUAUCAUGGAUGACGAACCUGAGUAGCUUUUUCAACACAUGUGAAAAAGACACAGGUGAUAAAGAAGAAUCACAAGUAGAAGUAGAUUUGGAUAGUAUAGACCAUUUAAGAAUUCCAGUGGCACGGGGAGUCAGAAU